AUGGUACCACUCCAGCACCAUCAGAUUAAUGACAUCCAGACGAACCCUGCAGAAGAGCUGGGACAGGGUAAAGCAACCGCUAAAAUGUGUCAGCAGUUUCUCGAGAUUCAUAGACUCUCCAGCCUUAGCCACGUUAGCCUCGCCCAGCGCUUAGUCAGCCGGCUCCCUCUGCGCUUUGAAGUGUCUGGCCGCAGCGGAGGAUUUCCUGCCCCUGCACGGAUUCUCUCAUCAUCAAACCAGCGCAGGGGAGAGGCACAGGGACCUGGCGAAGAGGAAGAGCCGGCAGUGACCUUCGAGCAGUGGGGAAAACGCAGAGACAGAUCGGGACACCGGAGCCAUCAGGUGUGUGUCAGCAGUCUCACUCACUAUCAGGGACUUACUGUAUAG